AUGCUAGAUGCGCAUAAUGACUCUGAUAUAGAAAUCCCAAGCUGCAAGAACAUAGACUGUGGCCCAGAUGCGUACUGCAAAGAUCUUGGAAGCGCCUCUGGCAUGAACUCGACGACCUGCUUCUGUCAGAGUGGCUUCGUCGGCGAUCCCCCUCAGGAAAAGUGCAAAAUGCUUCUGUACUGCGACAUGCUGCACCAGCCAUGCAGUCCGGGAAAGUGCAUCAACGUCAUCGCUGGAUACGAAUGCGACUGUCCACCAGGUUAUGAAUUCGUUGACCAGCGAUGCAUGGACAUCGACGAAUGUGCUAGCGCCGUCGCUACGUGCGCCAAGUACGCCGUAUGCAUAAACACCGUCGGGUCCUACAAGUGCGAAUGCAUGAUCGGCUUUGAGGAAGGCGAAUCAGAUGAAUGCGUUCCCAUCGAUCGGUGUGAAUCGACAGACCCAAAGUACAGGUUGGUCUGCUCUGCCAAUGCUUACUGCCGGAAAAAUCGAUGCACAUGUUUCACAAAUUAUACCGGAGAUGGAAAGAACUGUGUCGACAUCGACGAAUGUGCAAGUGAUCCGUCGCCGUGUAGUCCAAGGGCUGCUUGCGUCAACCUAGUGGGAGGUUAUAACUGCAGCUGCAAACGAGGAUAUCGAGGAAACGGCUUCCAAUGCGCAGAUAUUAACGAAUGUGCGGAAAUGGACCGUGCCUGUGAUGUGCAUGCUUCGUGCAUGAAUUUGGACGGCGGUUAUCGAUGCAUUUGCCAGCCGGGCUGGGAUGGUGAUUCGCCCAAAGGCAUGGCGAACAGCUGUCCAAAUGUGGACGAGUGCUCGAUACCAACAAAAAACACCUGUGACCCAGCGACGUCUACCUGCCAGGACCUUCCGGGCGAUUACGCAUGUAACUGCAAACCGGGCUAUCGGCACCCAUCCGGCGACAACAAUAAGCUGUGUGUAGACAUCAACGAGUGCGUCGAUGGAGGGGGCAAUCCGUGCGGCAGCAAAGGUUCGUGCGUGAACAUCAACGGCGGAUACUUCUGCGAAUGUUUCGAAGGCUAUGCGCCGGCGAAUGACGACCAGACUGCGUGCGUAGGUAAGAGCACUUGUCCAGAUGUACAGUGACC